AUGAAUCAGAACAGCAAGAUAGAGCCAUCUGUUCCGAGGACUCCAAAAAGAAGCGGAGACGAGAAAUGUGAGAAAACUGCAGGAGAGAAAAAGAAAGAUGAAGAGAAAGAGAAGGCUGAAAAGAAGGCCGAGGAGGCGAGAGCACAGAAUAAGAAGGCUCAGGAGCAGGAUAUGCCACGUUUCGAAAAUGGAGGAGAGACCGAGAUUCAUACAGCGAAGGACACUUAUGAGAUCAUCACCGAACUCGGCAAGGGAUCAUUCGGCGCAGUGUUCUCUGUAAUUCGCAAGUCCGACCAACAUCCUUUUGCUCUGAAAUGUGAAUCCGUCCAUAUGAAACGAGCAAUGCUCCCAUACGAAGCCAAUGUGCUCCUCGCUCUGAACCUGUUGAGAUCUCCGCAUUUCGUCCAGUUGGUUGAUCAUGGCGCUGUUGAGAAUCGAUUUUUGUUUGUUGUCAUGAAGUGUGUCGGGAAGAAUUUAUGGGAUAUUCGAGUGACUCAGGAGGGAAGAAAGUACACGUUGUCGACGACUAUGAAGAUUGCUGAGCAGACGUUGGCAGCGUUGAGGGAUUUGCAUAGGGUCGGCUACCUGCAUCGUGACAUCAAACCUCCGAAUUUCGCUGCUGGAAGAGAAGGAGAAGACGACUAUCACACGGUUUACGUCCUCGAUUUCGGACUUUGUCGUAGAAUCGCAUUGAAGGGAAAAGAUUUGAGAACUCCCAGGAAGGAGUGUGCAUUCCGUGGAACUACCAGAUACGCAUCGAUGGCUGCUCAUGAAGGAAAAGACCAAUCCAGGAAGGACGAUCUGGAGUCUUGGUGGUAUAUGAUUUUGGAGAUGAUAGCUGAAGAAUUGCCAUGGAAAAAGCUGAAAGAUCGGGACGCGGUGCGUGAAGUCAAGUUGAAAUUGCGUACUGGAGAGCAGUUGAAAUUUGUGUUGCGCAGUGGAUGUUAUACGGAGAUGAACAAAAUACUUGUCUAUCUUGAUCAGUUGGUGUAUACAAGCAUUCCGGAUUACGAUUUCGUCUAUAAAUGCAUUCGAUCUUCUUCUAUUGGUAUGAAAUGCAACAGAAAUGAUCCGCCUGACUGGGAUGCGAAUGCAAAAGAAUAUCGAGGACCGGCGUAUAAAUUGGGUGAACCGUACAUUGUGAAGGCAUUGGAAUGA